AUAAUUCGAUACCAGGAAACGGGCACAUAUAUCGUGCAUUUGACAUGAUGUAGUACGUGCGGAUAGUUUUCAGCAGCAAAUAUGGCCGCCCCCAUGGACCUCAACCUGCCGCUAUGUGAAAAACCGGCUUUGUUGCAAAAGUUGAAAAUGGCACACCAGUUGGGUUAUGAAGUUGUGGCAAUAAACAAUUAUGUUUCUGAGUUAUUGGUACCAAAAAAGAAAAAGAAGUCAGGUGAAAAGAUGAAAUCUCCAAAAGAAGUUAUGCCAAGUGAAGAAGAGAUAAGAUCAGUCACUGGUAGAUCAAAGAAACCAUUCAAAGUCCUUUCUAGGAUAUCAACAGCACAUACUGAUGUUUCACAAGCUCAUUUUAUAAGCACGGAGGAAGUGCAGUGUUAUGACAUUGUGGCUGUGCAACCGGCCUGUGAGAAGACAUUUUCUCAAGCUUGCAAAGACUUGAAUGUAGAUAUAAUCACCAUUGAUGUAACAGAGAAGUUUGCCAUGAGGAUUAAAAGGCCUACCUUAUCACCUGCUAUAGAACGAGGUAUACAGUUUGAGUUACAAUACAGUCCAGGGAUAAGGGAUGCUACAUAUAGACAAUACUUUAUCUCAAAUGCACAAAAACUCAUUUUCUGGUGUGAAGGAAAGAAUGUAAUAUUGACCAGCGGCUGUGAAAAGGCCAUUGAAAUGAGGGGACCAUAUGAUGUGGCUAACUUAGGUUUGUUAUUGAACCUAAAUGAGAAUCAGUCCAAAGAUGCCGUCAUGAAGAACUGCAGAACAGUUGUAUGCCAUUCAGAAGGAAGAAAAGUAUACAGUAAAGGAACAGUCAAAGUAGAAAAAGCUUCUGAUCUGCCGAAGGAAGAGUCAUGGAUAUUGGAAAAAUGUGACGUCACUGUGAAACGUGAAGACAUCACUGCAAGCGAUACAAAUGGAAAUUUGAAUAAUUUACAUGCCAAGGACUCCUCAGAUGAUGAUAAUGAUUUGGAAUCUAGUGAUAUCAAUGAACCAGUUAUGAAGAAAAUAAAGCUAGUUGGAACUUGAUCAAAUAGUGUAAAUGGGGAUACUGAAUUCUGAGAAUAGUUUAAAUACGUAAACAUUGAAAAAUCUUAUGCAUAGGAAAUGUACAAGCAAGCAAGCUGGAGUGGCUUUUAAGAGCAGAUGACUUUAAGUAAGACAGGGAAAUUUACAAUGUUUUAAACUAGGAAAUGGCAUGUAUUUUCUGUGAAGAAUUUAAUGUUAUCAUAUGCAUUAAAUUAAAGGUUGACACCUUUAUAUAACUUGUUAAAAGCCAUUAUAGUAAAAAAAAAAAUUGAAAAAUUUGUUAAUUUGCAAACAGCCGAGUAAAGGUUUACUGGCUCCAUUCUGCUGAUGUUGAUGUUAAAGGGGCAUUCAGUUUUACAAACACAUUUUGUUUUAAACUAUUAUGUAGCAAGACUGGCAUACUUAAAAUGUAUAAUUAUUGUAAGAUGCAAUAUAAAAUUUAACUUGAAAACUUUUAUCUCCUGAUAGAGCUGUCAUUGAUAGAGACAUUAUCGAUGUAUUGUUGAUAUUUUUCUGUCAAUAUAUAUAAUUGAUACACAUUUGAAAAACUUGAUAAUGUUGAUUAAUUAAAUAAAUGCCUGUAAAUUAUAAAAAAAUCACCCAAAACAUAUACAGCAUGUGGUCAUGUCUAACGCUAAGCUGUUGAUAUAUAAUGGACACAUUUCAUAGCAGUGAUGAUAAAAAAUGGUUAGGAAAAAAUAAUGCAAAGGAUAUUAUUUUAUAAACAGGACACAAAUUUUUUGUAUGAACAGAACAUGUAUUUUACUGAAAUCAUGUAAACAGGUAUGAAAAUGAAUUGUAUACAAGAAAUUAGGAGUAAUUAUUGAUGACAUUGUUGUAUCGCUGAUAUUUCUCAUCCAAUAUGGAUGUUUCAUCAAUAUGCUUUGCACUGAAUCAAUGACAGCUCAAUCUCCUGCCAAUGAAAUAUAUGAGCUGCGUCACAACAAAACCAACAUAAUGGGUUUGCGACCAGCAUGGAUCCAGACCAGCCUGCGCGUCCGCGCAGUCUGAUCCAUGCUGUUCGCUUACCAACCCUAUUACAAGUAGAGAAACUGACAGCGAACAGCAUGGAUCCUGAUAAGACUGUGCGGAUGCGCAGGCUGGUCUGGAUCCAUGCUGAUCACAAACGCACUACAUUGUAUGUUGGUUUUGUCGUGACGCGGCUCAAUUAUUUAUAUCAAUAUUAUCAGCUAUUAAUGUAUUGUUUUACAUUUUAAUUUGUUACUGAAUGGAAUUCUUUAAGUAAAAUAUUAAAGAUUUGUUUACAUGCUAAACUUUUUUCUUUCUAUGAUGCAGUUGAUACAUGAAUAUUUUCUUUGUAUUCAGGAAAUACUUUAGCCAGUUUACUUUUUGACAAAUAACUGAUCCUUUACAAAGGAUCAGUAGACUUGCCCAAGAAAUCAUUGACAAAUAUGCAAUUGCCGAAAUAGAUAACUUGUUAUAUUAAUGAUCUUGUAACAUGGAAGCUCAGAAUAAGAAUUAAGAACAUGCAU